GCUGCCCGGAAUAAGGAUGAAUCUAGUACAUGCGCCUCUGAGAACUCGAAUGGUGACCAUACCACAUCCAUACCUACAAGUUUGGUGGAAAUUUAUGAACACAGAAGAUAAGAAGAUAGUCCAAAGACACAUAGGCCAUCUCCCGUCAUUAAUGGAAAUGGUGGCUUAUCCCGACUUGAUUGGGACAAUGGUUAAAUUUUGGGACAGCGACAACAUGGUAUUUCGGUUCGGGGAAGUGGAAAUGACGCCGACUAUUGAAGAAAUCCUUGCAAGUUACGAAAGUGUCAGUAUGUGCAACAAAAGAAGGUUCAAACCCGAUACAGAUCUCCUUUUCCCCAAAACAUGGGAUUUUGCCGAAAUUAGAGAAAAACUGUCACUCGUCAAAGCCGAUUGGAUGGACAGAAUGCCCGGGCCAAACAUUCCACUUCGAAAGUUUUAUUACCGAUUCGGACGUGCAAGAGCCUAUGAAAAGUUCAAAGAAGAGUUUGUCUCAGAAGAAAAAUGGAAAGAGACACGUCCUCUUGCCUUUGUAAUAUGCCUACUUGGGACGAUGGUGUUUCCCCAAGGACCAAACUAUACUAUUCAUCCAAAUGUAGUAAUGGUCACUCAUGCUAUCUUUUAUGGAGUGGGUUACGGAUCAGCAAUCAAGUACUACACUUUGGCGCCCAUGAUUUUGGCCGACAUUUAUAGGGCUUUGGACAAGUGUCAAAGCGGAGAACGUUUCUUUCAGGGAUGCAACCUGAUACUGCAAUGGUGGAUGAUGAGACACUUGAUCAAAGCUCACGAGCCAACAGAACCAGAUCCCUUAGAAAGACCGAACAGACUCGAAAGUCACGAUUGGUGGGUGCAACGUAAUCAUUUCAACAGGGUUGGAGGCCAAGAAUUUUGGUACCCGAGACUUCAGGGUCUGAGAGAUGAAAAUGUGCAGUGGUCGAUCCAAUGCUUGGUAGUAACAAAGCAAAUGGUGAUUCGAGCAGAAAAAACACCUUACUUGAUAUUUGCCGGGUUAAGAGGGACUAGACCAUAUGCUCCCGGUCGAGUACUUAGACAACUGGGAGGGAAACAGGAGAUUCCCCAAAUUUCAGACAUGAAGAAAUUUGUAACCGAUCAUGAAAAUGGACGAGUUUCUUUUGCUGAAGACAUACGUAGAGCAUGGAAGACCCGAAGGAUAUUGGGUGAACCGGUACCAAACAGGUUCCGUCCCGAAUGUUCUAAGGAUCACAAAGAAUGGUUAAAGAAGAGCCUCGCCGGAACUAUCGAGCUUGGUCCAAAUGUUCCCAAUGUUAUUGCAGAUGUCGGAGCCAAACAUCAAAUCCGACUUCAUCGACUUCAAGAGAGGUUUGAUAAGAAUGAGUUGGAUCACCAGCACCGACAUUCAGAAGAUGCCAAAAUCAUAGCUCAGUUGAAGAAAGAGCUACGAAGAGCCAAACAAUGCAUGUCAGAAUUGGAUGAAGAGCCAGACAAUGCAUGUCAGAAUUGGAUAAUAGCAUGGAGCAACAGAUUCAGUCGGUUGAAAGGUUCAGACAUCAAGAAGGGGCUCGGUUGGCUAGAGAUCACCUAUGGGCGAACAGAUAUGCUAUGUGGGAAGAGGUCAGCAUUGCCAAGAGGACCAGACUUGGUGAAGGAUCAGGAUGAGCUUAGAGUUUGUUAUCAUCCCCUGCGUGGGAUUACUUUAUUUGUACUUUGUUUUGUAAUUUAUUUUCCGAACUCUUUUCCCCAAUUUUAUGUUUAA